AUGUCAUUCAUAUUUUAUUGUAUUCUUUUUGUGAUUUCUGUUGCGUACGAUCAGCCAAUUGAUUCUUCUUCGAGCGAAUCCCCACCAAAUCCAACCAAUUUAGCAAGAAGAAAAAGUUUAUCAACGGGUGAUGUUUCAAAGGAGACGAAAAAGAAAAUUGAUGAACAAAAAACAAUGGGAGGGUCAACAGGUCAAAUGAGCAAAAAGCACUUUGUUAAAAAUCCUUUUACAAAAAGAAAACUUAAAAAACAAAUAGAACUACUUCCUGGAAGUAGUGAAGGUGCAGUGGGUGGUAUUGAACCAAAAGAAGAAUCAGAAGAAGUUGUUGUUAAACCAAGAACAAGAAGUUUCACAGCCGGUCCUGUCCAGCUUCGUGCAAAAAGAAAAGGUGAGAAAAAGAAGAGACCUGGUUCGACACCAAUACCUGAAACGGAACAUGUGGCUCCAGCUUUAGUGAGAAGUAAAUCAUCUGAAAAUCUACACUCUAUUGUUGUAAAACAUUCCGAAAUACCAAUGUUCGAACUUUUUGAUGGUUUAAGAUUGUUGAUAAUGGUAAUGCAAGACCAAUUGUUUGAUUGGUGUGACUUGUUGCAUUUAAUGGCAAGCAGACUCAAAACAUAUAAAAUUACUAAUCAAAGAAUUCCAGUCAAUUUACUAAACAUCGAAAGUGAGUUUCGUAUUUUAAUUGAACAAUUGAAACAAAUAUUGAAAGAAGGAAUAGUCAAUCAAGAAAAUGCAAAAACUGUUGCUGUUUUAAUACUUAGACAACUUGAUAUGCAGUCUUUAAGCAAUCUUGUAAGUUACCAUCGAGAUAUUUUAAUGGUAUAUGAGGGUUUAUUCUUCGCUACUUUAAAACCUCAAACAACAAAAACACUUGGCAAUCAACUUGUAAUUCCACAUACACUCUUCAAAAAAAUAUUACAAAUGUUAUCAACUUUUGUAAGAUAUUUCCCUCAAAGUAAAAUAGUUGAAAAGGCUAAAAACGCUCUUGUUCUCUUUAUAGAAGAGUUAAAAAUAACCAACCUAAACAUAGAACAGCGAUUCUUUGCUAAAGAAAACAAAGCACGAUUUGAGCUUUCUAAGUUUAGCUUAGAAAGGUAUAAAUUAGAAGGUGAUCAAAGAUUGUUAUUCUGGAAAUCAAAAGAUGAAAGAAAGGCACUUGCUUCACGUCCACUCCCACCACUUCCAAUCACUCCUUUACAACACCCAACCACUUCAGAUUCUGAUGAUAGUGACAAAGAAGGUAUUUAUACAAAAGUAAAGUAA